CUGAUCAAGUACUUUGGAUAUCCUUGCGAGACGACCUACGCGACUACAGAGGACGGCUACAUACUCGAGGUGUUUAGAAUUGCACACGGAAUACAGGGCAAUGCGUCAGGUACCGCAGGUCAGAAAAACAACCAAUCGCGUCGCCCGCCUGUGCUGUUGGUGCCCUCUUUGCUCGCUGCUGUGGACGUGUAUUUCUUCAACUUGCCAAGCCAGAGCCCAGGCUUUCUCUUCGCCGACAAUGGUUUUGAUGUUUGGGCCAUGAGCAUGAGAGAAAACAAGCCUUACGUAAGCCACAAGACACUUUCGCCAGAUGAGCCGGAGUACUGGCAGUUCAGUUUCGAUGAAAUGGGACGCUAUGAUGUUGCUGCCUGCAUCGACCACGUUCUAAACGCCACUGGCGCCCCCAAGCUCACGGUCGUGGCAUUCUCUCAGGGAACACUCACCAAUUUCAUACUGCAUUCAACAAGGCCAGAGUACAGCAAAAAGGUCUCCCUUUUGAUAGCGUACGGUCCUGUUGGAAACAUCACUCACAUCAAGCCUCCUGUAAAUUUGGUUAUGCCGUUCGUUCCGACACUCAUGACACGUAUUCCGGUGUACUUUGGCCAUUUUCCAAUCGGUUCGAGCGUGCAAAACUUCCUGCACUUCUACCAGAUAUACAAAGCAAAGAACCUAGUGAUGUAUGACCAUGGUGAAGAGGAGAACCGCCGGAGAUAUGGCCAGGCAACUCCACCUCAAUACCCUCUGGAACGCAUACGACUACCCAUAGCCCUGUUCUCGUCUCAGGGGGACAUACUGGCGGACACAUCCGACGUGGCCGACCUGGCUUACAGACUCGGUUCCAACAUUGUGCUCAACUACAUUGUUCCCCAGCCCAGCUUCUGCCACCAGGAUUUCGUCAACGGAUACAGGGCUAACGAUAUUCUGCAUAACAUUGCCAUUGAACUCGCGAAGAAGUACUCUUCUCAGAACCUUUGAAUGUCUAUAGUGUCAGUUAGUAUCGUUAUACCACGCUGCUAUAAACCGCAGAUGACAGCUUUAAUUAUUGACAAAUCAACAAGAGGCGGCCUAGCUGAAAUAGGGUCAUCAGUUUAAAGGGCCAAUAAAGAGCAAGAAAUACAUGAAAUACUACACCAAAAAUGUCAUUGCUUACCGUCAGAGUAGGCUUCAGAAGCCAGGAAAAACGCAAAUGCGAAAUUCUGGUGGACCUUGAAGUUCCCACACCAACUCAUCGUG